AUGGGUAAAAGUCAUUCAAAAGAUGUAUUUACUCAAUGGGACUUAGAUCGAUUCAGUAAUAUUACUGGUAUUCCUCGUGCUACGGUUGAAAAACUCUAUCAAGAGUUUGUUACUUCGACUGGUAAAAGUAAUCGAAUGGACAAGAAAGAAUUUCGUCGUUUAUAUAAAGAAUUAUAUUUAAGUGCACAACCUGGUCCAAAUGUUCCAGUAGUUCUUACCGAACAUGAUUUAGAUAAAUUAUCCGAUCGAGUUUUUAAAGCUUUUGAUGGGGAAGGAAAUGGCAAAUUGACUUUUGAAGAAUUCGUCAAUGUAUAUUUAUUAUUAAGUCGAAAUGGACAGUCAAAUACAGCUGUAACAGCUCGUGAUCGUUUAAACUAUAUUUUAGAUCAUAAUAAUCCAACACCAGGUUACAUUUCACGAGAACAAGGUGAGCAAGUAUUUAAUCAGCUGAAUCGAUAUUAUAAUUGGGAAGAUACAAAAAAUACAACUUCAACAACAACUAUACCAUCUGAUCAAACAAAACCAGUUACAACUACUUGGGAACAACACUGGAGUAAACUCGAUGAUGGUAGUGGUCGUGUUCCACAAGAAAAAUUUGUUGAAUAUAUCACAACUUCGAAUGAUUACAAAAAUAAUAUCGAUCGUAUUUAA